CUGAUGACGUUUGAUGUUUUGAUUGCAUGUCAACGCGUAUCUUUUCUGGGUGGUUCGUGUAAUUUCAUCUUAAUCUAAAUUCUUCAAAUAAUUCAAUUCCUUCAGGAAUUUCAACUCAAACGUCUGCACAAAAUGAUUUCUGACGUUCAACUUGCCGUAUUUUGCAAUGUUUUGGGAGUUUUCCUAUUUCUUUUGGUAGUUGGAUUUCACUACAUAAAUGCCAAUAUGGGAAGGAGUACGGGAUCGCUAAAGCAUAAAUAAAUAUUACAUAUAAAUCCCCUUACUAAGAUGAGGUCAAAUCGAAAAUUUGAUUCGGUCUCACCCCAACCCAGGGGACAUGAACUGGUAAGCAACCCCGCACCCUUACAAGUGCUUUUCGUUUGAAAAGCUUUUAUUAUAAAAUAAGUAACCACUGUGGCGUGAAUAAAAAUUAAUUCCAAUAAA